AUGAAAUCGGUUAAGUGUUUUGUACCGUUUUUGGUACUGCUCCUGGCCAGUGGAUUGCAAGCAGGUAUCUUGCGAGACCUUGCCCAUAAACAUAUCAAUAAAGCGGCCAACAUUUUGGAUCCCUUGGGGCUGUUCCAUGGAAAACAAGACAACGCUGGAGCUUCUGCUGAAGCUAACAGCCAGAGUCUGUCGAACAAUGUGAAUCUUGGCCCUCUUAGUAUUUCUACAGCUGUAAGCUCAGCUUCAGCGACAGCAAACGCAGGUUCUGGUGGUAGUGCUUCUGCAAAAGCUGAUGCUAGUGCCAAUGCUUAUGGAAAUGGCAUAUCUUCUGCUCAAGCUAGCGCUAACGCUAACGCUAACACUGGCGCUGGAACAUACGGCAAUGGAUUCAGUAAUACCAAUGUUCCUGCUUACAACGGGAAUUACCAGAAUGGAAACACUGGAUACAAUGGAAACAUGUGCCGAGGAAAUUCUGGGUACUACCCUAAUGGAAGUCCUGGAUGUGGCAAUGAUUACAACAGUGCUGAUGCCUACGGUAAUGCCUAUGCUGAUAAUAGCGGACACAGUGUAACUAAUACUGGUACUCACACUCUUGGAAACGGUCAAGCUGACGCUGGAGCUAAUGCUCACGGAUCUGGACAUUAUGGAGAAGGAGAAAAUGGUGGAUCUGUUUUAAAUCCUAACACUAAUUUUGAAUCUCAACCAACUAAUAAUCAAUUUAACCAACAAACUCCUAAUUUGAAUAGUAACAAUUAUCCGGUUGGUAAUAAUAAUAAUUAUAAUAAUCAAGGAGCAACUUCUGGAGCGUCAGCAAGUGCAGUUGCUAGUGCUUCUGCAAAUGCUGGGACUAAUUAUGAAUCUUCCCCGAAUUCCAAUGGUCAAUUUAACUCACCAAGUAACUUCAAUGAUAAUAAUAAUAAUUAUUAUCCAGUAAAUAAUUAUAACAAUCAAGGCAGCAAUUCUAAAUCAGCAGCAAAUGCUGCUGCAAAUGCGAAUUCUCAAUCCAAUACUAAUUACAAAGUUCCGCCGAUUUCUAAUAAUAAUCAAUAUGAACCGGUAAAUUCUCCCAAUAAUAAUUAUAAUUACCCAGUAAAUAAUUAUAACAAUCAAGGUGGAGAUUCUGCAUCAGCAGCAAAUACUAAUACUAAUUCUGAAUCUCAACCAACUAAUAAUCAAUUUAACCAACAAACUCCUAAUUUGAAUAGUAACAAUUAUCCGGUUGGUAAUAAUAAUAAUUAUAAUAAUCAAGGAGCAACUUCUGGAGCGUCAGCAAGUGCAGUUGCUAGUGCUUCUGCAAAUGCUGGGACUAAUUAUGAAUCUUCCCCGAACUCUAAUGGUCAAUCUAACUCACCAAGUAACUUCAAUGAUAAUAAUAAUAAUUAUCCAGUUAAUAAUUAUAACAAUCAAGGCAGCAAUUCUAAAUCAGCAGCAAAUGCUGCUGCAAAUGCGAAUUCUCAAUCCAAUACUAAUUACAAAGUUCCGCCGAUUUCUAAUAAUAAUCAAUAUGAACCGGUAAAUUCUCCCAAUAAUAAUUAUAAUUACCCAGUAAAUAAUUAUAACAAUCAAGGUGGAGAUUCUGCAUCAGCAGCAAAUACUAAUACUAAUUCUGAAUCUCAACCAACUAAUAAUCAAUUUAACCAACAAACUCCUAAUUUGAAUAGUAACAAUUAUCCGGUUGAUAAUUUUAAUAAUAAUAAUAAUCAAAGGGCAACUUCUGGAGCAUCAGCAAGAGCAGUUGCUAGUGCUUCUGCAAAUGCUGGGACUAAUUAUGAAUCUUCCCCGAACUCUAAUGGUCAAUCUAACUCACCAAGUAACUUCAAUGAUAAUAAUAAUAAUUAUCCAGUUAAUAAUUAUAACAAUCAAGGCAGCAAUUCUGGAUCAGCAGCAAAUGCUGCUGCAAAUGCUAAUUCUCAAGCUAAUACUAAUUACGAAGUUCCAACGAUUUCUAAUAAUCAAUAUAAACCUGGAAAUCCUCCUAAUAAUUAUAAUAGCAAUAAUAAUUAUCCAGUAAAUAAUUAUAACAAUCAGGGUGGACAAUCUGUUUCAACAGCAAACGCUAACACUAAUUAUGAGUCUUUACCAAAGUCUCCUGACCAAUUCAAUACUGCUAAUACUAAUACUAAUACUAAUAAUAAAAAUAGAAAUACAAUAAGAUUAGUACCAAGUAGACAAGUACCUCAACGAAAUUCCGGAAGACAAAAAAUAACAAUAACAUUCAUUGAAGGAAGCCCAACUAGUCAAUCAAACGCUAAUUCUCAAUCUAACGCUCAAACUGGUGCUGUUUUUAGACCUCAAAAUAACCAACAAUUUUCUAAGCCUAACUACGGGCAAGGGUCUAUCAGAUUCGUCCCCGCUGAAGAUUCGCGAGUAACAUCUCAAUCCCAAAGCUCAGCUACCGCCGUAUUAAUACCAAUUGUUCUAUCGGACUCACCCCCAACAAACCGACGACCUCGCCCCCGUAAGCCAAAUCGUCGUAAUAAUUCUCCCGAAUCGGGUUAUGGGCAACAAGAAAUAAUCUUUGUCGAAAGACCGGCUCCAGCCAAGAAUGACUACAACGGAGGAUACCAAAACGGACAAACAGUUAAUACUGGAGUUUAUGGAGCUCCAAAGUAUGGGAAAAAUCCGUUCUUUGGAAAUUCUGGCGCCAAUGCUAAUGGGAACGCUCAAUCUGGAACAAACGUAGGAACUUAUCCAAUUAAUCAGCCAACAUAUAAUUAUGGAAAUAAUGGAGGUCAUUAUGGAGGAAAUACUGGAGGUAAUUCACAGGCAAAUUCUCAAGCGACUGCUCAAGCUAAUGCUAACGCAAACUCUCAAUCUGGAACCAACGGAGGGACUUAUGCCAACAAUCCAACUACAGGAACUUAUGGAAACAAUGGUUACUACGGAGGAAAUACUGGAGAUAAUUCACAGGCAAAUUCUCAAGCGACUGCUCAAGCUAAUGCUAACGCAAACGCUCAAUCUGGAACCAACGGAGGAACUUAUGCCAGCAAUCCAACGUCAGGUACUUAUGGAAAUACUGGUUACUAUGGAGGAAAUACCGGAGCUAAGAAUCCAUUUUUAAACAAAAAACCAGUUAUUCAGAACAGCGCUCCUACUGGAACAAACUACAAUCAAGGAACAUACGGAACUGGGCCUAAUUAUGGCAGUUCUGGAGGUUCAGGAAAUCCAUUUAUAAAUCAGCCAAACAUAGAAACUCAACCGCCACACUAUGGAACCACUGGAAUUUACGGAGUUCCUACUGGAACUCAAGGUGGAGCAAAUGCAAAUGCAGGAGCGAACGCUAACGCUAAUUCAGGAGCCACUGCUGGUUCAGGAAAUCCAUUUAUUAGUCAGCCGAAUGUAGAAACUCAACCGCCACACUAUGGAACCACUGGAACUUACGGAGUUCCUACUGGAACUCAAGGUGGAGCAAAUGCAAAUGCAGGAGCGAACGCUAACGCUAAUUCAGGAGCCACUGCUGGUUCAGGAAAUCCAUUUAUUAGUCAGCCGAAUGUAGAAACUCAACCACCACACUAUGGAACCACUGGAACUUACGGAGUUCCUACUGGAACUCAAGGUGGAGCGAAUGCAAAUGCAGGAGCGAACGCUAACGCUAAUUCAGGAGCCACUGCUGGUUCAGGAAAUCCAUUUAUUGGUCAGCCGAAUGUAGAAACUCAACCAGCACACUAUGGAACCACUGGAACUUACGGAGUUCCUAGCGGAACUCAAGGUGGAGCGAAUGCCAAUGCAGGAGCAAACGCUAACGCAAACGCUAAUUCAGGAGCCACUGUUGGUUCAGGAAAUCCUUUCGUCAAUCAGCCAAUUAAAAAACCUCCGCCUUCUUAUUAUGGAACCUCUGGAACUCAGGGAACUAAUUAUGAUUAUUCAGGAACUCACGGAGGCUCUACUCACGACAAUUCUGGUACCUACAAACCAGAACCUGAUUGUGAUUGUGGCCCAGACGGAACACCAUUAAACAGUGGAGCCCAAGCUGGAGCCAGUGCUACUGCAACUGCAAACGCUAAUUCAGGAGUUUCUCCAGGUCCAAGCAAUCCAAUUGCAAGUCAGCCGACAUAUUACGGAGACCUUGGAAAUAACCAAGGAUCCAACGAUGAAUUUCAGGCUUCUGCUACUGCUAAUGCAAAUGCAAAUGCUGAAUCUUCAGCGACGACUGAUAACCAAAACAACGUCGGGCCAUAUGAUGAUGGAUUAUACCACCCUGAAAAGUAUGACCAUGCCAACUAUGACAAUACUCAAGGAACAAAACAGGUAGCUGAUAACCAAAACAACGGUGGGCCAUAUGAUGAUGGAUUAUACCAUCCUGAAAAGCAUGGAGAUGGCUACGUCCAGUCGAACGGUGACUCAGGAAACUACGGCGGCUUUAAUAACAACCAGCUUCCAACUGUGACCGGAAACUCUGGUGCAAAUGCCCACGCCGCUGCCGAGGCCUCUGCUACCGCUAAUGCAGGCUUUGGGGGAUCUUCUAAACCCCAAGGGUACCAACCUGGAACCGUAGACUCCUAUGGAAACCCAUUGCCAGGAACUUUGUAUAAUUCUGGUGGACAUCUUGACUCUGGUGCUCAUGCCAAUGCCAAUGCUAAUGCCAAUGCUGAAGCUUCUGCUGGAGCUAAUAGCGAUGCUAGUGCCAAAGCAACUGCUGAUGCAAGUGCAACUGGCAAUGGAUCUGCUUCUGCGAAUUCCAACGCCAACGCUUACGGUAACGGCCGAGCGUUAGCCAAAUCAAGUGCAUCCGCAUCUGCUGGUCCAGGGUUUGGUUCGAAAAGUUCAGCUUCUGCCAACGCCCAGGCCAGUGCAGACACCACUAGAAUGCUUAUUUUUACUGACUAG